UUGGUCAAAGUUGAGCUGUGUCAACGUGCGUCGUCACACUCCCACGUACUACUUGACAGCUCCAUAACAUUGCGCUCGCAACUUUGUUCCGUCCGCUUGGGUUUCACCUGUUUAGAUGAGAACAGGAGGAAAGAUGGCGUCUCAGGAGCCUUUUAACGAUUUGAGGUGCAGCUCGCCCGAGGAGGACAGUAACCGUACGGACUUGACAGAGCGGACAGCGGAGGAAAAGACAUCCCCCGUGGUGCGUCGGUGUCACCCGUUCAGCGUGGAGGCGCUCAUGUCCGAGAGGAAGAUGGACAGCCGCGGCGGAGAGUCCACCCGCUGUAAACUGGAGGGGGGGUCGGUUGCAGUGUCUUCCACAGGUUUAAACGCUUUGUAUCAGUGUCGAGAGGCGUGCAGCCCUCCCGGGAGAAGCAGAAGGAGUUUAACGGUUGUACCUUCGUCGCCGGUAAAAUCCGAGGCAUCAGAGCCCGAAGACUGCGCACCCUGGGUCAGCAACAGUCACCUCAAUCCUGCUUGUCAGCUGAGGAAACACAAAACCAACCGAAAGCCCCGUACUCCCUUCACCACAUCUCAGCUCCUAGCCCUGGAGAGGAAGUUCAGGCAGAAGCAAUACCUGUCCAUCGCCGAGCGGGCCGAGUUCUCCUCCUCCUUGACCCUGACAGAGACCCAGGUGAAGAUUUGGUUCCAGAAUCGCCGUGCAAAAGCCAAGAGGCUCCAAGAGGCAGAGCUGGAAAAACUCAAGAUGGCUGCUGAUGCCAAGACUGCCCCCGCCUCUGGAGCUUUACACCCUGGCCUUACAGUACCGCUGUCCCUAGGCACGAUGUCACUGUACAGACAGUCAUACUCUGCCUAUCACCACCACCAUGACAGACCCAUACUCCCCAUUUCUCCGUUAGGACUGUAUGCUGCGCCCCUGGGCUACAGUAUGUACCAUUUAUCAUAACUGUGGAAAUAUCACUGACUUUGAUGAAAUGUGUUUCAGUACAUUUUCAAGGAUUCCCAGGAAUGGACAUGGAGGUUAAAAAAAAACAUACACAUCACUGUUUAUAUGUGCUUGAAUCAACUUUGCAAGCACUUCAAGUCAAAUUUUUCCCAGUGAGGAUUUAAAAAUAAUAAUAAAUUGUCCUCUUGCCCCCUUUGGACUGCCUGUUUACAUGACUUGUCUAUAUGAGGAGGGGUGUUACUGUCCAGCUGUUUAUACUUGUUAUUUUUUUGCUUCUGCAAUAAUUGAGCUGGACAAGGACAUGCACUGGGAACGAUAAUACUCACUACAACUUUUCCUCGGAGCCUUGCUACUCAUCUGAUACAGUGCCUCGUGUUCAAAAGAGCCUUCAUAUUAAGACACUUAGUACACUUACGUGGAUAAAUGAGUGUUUCAGCAACUCAGGCCAAAUAAAACAUGUCACUAAAGCAUUCUUUUAAUCUCCGUUCUACAAAAGUGAUCUGCCUUGACAGAUACAAAAUUCAGGUUUGUGGGGUCUUCAAGGCAGCUUGACCUACCAAACAAUGAAGAGUUUAUGUUGUAAUUAAAACUUUGUUCACAUUUUAUUAUAGCAAACACUUUUUCACUCCAUUUCAUUUAUAGAGCCUAUAAUAUAGUGCUGGAAAUAUAUGAAUGCCUAAUGUUUUGUAUUUAUGAUCUAUGAUAUAGUGUAAAAUGUUUGACCAAAGUUGUAUUUAUAUUGUUUGUUCCUUUGAAAGGGUUGUGCUAUGCAAGUUUUACACCAAUGUUUUAUCAUUCAAAUGAACAAAACAAAGCCUUUAAGACAGUUUACUUUAAAUAAAUGACAUUUAAUUAUGUGUACAAAAUUAAGGAGUAAUAUGUAAACGCGUGCAGCUACAUUCUCCAAUCACCUUUCAAAAGAAGUCGUAUUCAAAGUGAAUCCAACCAACAGUUGUUGUUCUUUAGCUUGCUGCAGAUACAGCUGCUCUUUGCGCAUGUGUGAGUUUGUGUGCUCUAACCCUGUGUCUGGGUUUCCCAUCAGAAAGUCGUCAGUUCAAGGCAAUGUUUGACAAACCAUAAAUGAUACCCAUAAACUAUACAACUUCACAGAUAGUUUUCAUCAUUUACCGCACAGGUCAACCCCCCCCCCCCUCUUUUCCAAAGCUGAAAUACACUUUUAUAAUGAUGCUUUGUUUAUACAGAAAUACAUUCUGUUGUCCUCCUGACAGUCAUUAUCUCUGUAUUUAUGACUGAGGUAUUCAAGUUUCAAGUUUAUUCAAGUUUCACUAGC